AUGAUGAUCCCAACCCUGGAAGCCAGCAAGAAGAGGAAGCGAAGGCCAAAGGUGUAUGGGUUUCACUCGUUUGGGGAACCCGGUUACCCAAUUCUCCCAUUGGGUCCCUUCCGUGAUAACAUUCGUCUCUUUCUUCAGCAAUGCGCAGAGCUUGAGAGUUACAGCCUUCUCGGCAUGCCCGUUUGGUGCACUCUUCUUGUUCAUGACGACCGCAGCCUUGUUCUUCCUCUCUACACCAUUGAAGAGAACGUCAAGGACUCUGACAACCCCUUCUGCGAUCACUGCCGUUGUACUGGCUGGAGUAACCAUUUCGUAUCAAAGAGAAAGUACCACAUGAUAAUUCCAAUGAAUGAUGACUGGAAUAAGCCUUUGGAUGAUGAUAUCUUUGAUCUUUCAACACAUCUCUUACAUGGGUUAAUUCACUGUAAUGGGUUUGCUCAUUUGCUAUGCAUCAAUGGACAUGAAGGUGGUUCUAAGCAUCUUUGUGGCAGAGAGCUCAUGGAUCUUUGGGAUCGGAUCUGCCUUAGUCUUCGAACCAGGAAAAUCACAGUCGAAGAUGCCUCAAAAAAGCGGUCCAUGGAACUUCGCCUGCUACAUGGAGUUGCUUAUGGACAUCCUUGGUUUGGUAGAUGGGGUUACAAAUUUUGCCAUGGAAGCUUUGGGGUCAAGGAGCACAUCUAUAAUAGAGCACUGGAGAUUCUCAGCUCAUUAGAACUUGAAAAGAUCAUCCAAGAUUUUAGUGACAUGGACCAGUAUGAAGAGCUGAAGAAAAUUGUUCGUUACUACAGAUAUUUGAGUGAGACACAGUUGGUUACUAUCAAAGAUCUUCUCAGAUUUAUGCUUACUGUCAAGGCUUGCUUUCCCGCAAAGAGAAACUCCCUACUUCCUACUGCCAAACCUGCAGAUGUGAUGGAGAAAGCAAGACCUGCAACCAGAGAAUCUCUCAAGAUCAAGCCUCCGAUGAAGGAAAAGUCUUCUAAGUAUAGGAAGUUUUCUACUGUCGUUUCUCACAUGGAUAGCAGAUGGCCUGCCAAAAGACUAGAGUUUGCAGCAGAUGUGAUUGUGAGCGCAUUGAAAGAAAAGAAAGAGAAGGAUUUUAAAAAUGGUGGGAUGGCCCGGCAAGAUGUUCGAGAUGCAGCUAGGUUGCAUAUUGGAGAUACAGGUUUGUUGGAUUAUGUGCUGAAAUCACUGAACAAUGUGAUUGUUGGGAAUCAGGUUGUCUGCCGUUCGGUGAACCCAACAACUCGGAUUUUGGAAUAUACGGUUCAUGAUCUUGAUGAUGAUGAUAAAGUUUCUGAACCUGAGAAAGAGAUACUUCCCCCACCCCCUCAAGCAGCAGCUCCAGUUUCUGGGAUUGAUGUUUACAGUGAUGUUCUUUAUUUGUAUGAGCAUGUGCUGUUGGGAUAUCCAGAAUCUGGAUUGGUAGAGUUGGCUACACAAGCAGUAUUGGACAGUAAGCACUUCGUAAAGGAAUGUUCAGUUAGGGAUGAUACAGAGAAGUUACUGACACUGUUUUGCCAAAUAUUGCCAAGUUUCACUGAUAAGGAAAUUGAUUUCAAGAGGGAUUUGCCUCCAGGUGAGAUAGUGGUAAUGCCGCUGAAUGCAACUGUUGGAGAGCUAAAGCAGGAAGCUGAGAAUGCACUGAGGGAUACAUAUUGUAUGACUGAACAGUUUGUGGUGACGGAAAUUAAAGGCUUGGAGGAAUCAGAUGAUAUGGACGUACUUGCCGGAACAGUUCAAUCAGGUACAGAGGUUGGAGUGAGAGGGAGUGGGAUUGAUUUAGACACACCUUUGAGGUACCAAGGGGGAUCGGACACUUGGAUGGUGAGAUGUGAAUGUGGGGCUACAGAUGAUGAUGGUGAAAGGAUGGUGGCCUGUGAUAUAUGUGAAGUGUGGCAGCAUACACGCUGCUGUGGAAUGGAGGAUGCUGAUGAAGUCCCACGUCUGUUCAUUUGCUCAACAUGUUAUGUUUCACUUGUGCCCCCUAAAACUGAACCAGCUGCACUCAGAUUUGACUGCUCCACUGCUUUUCUGGAAUGGAGACACUGAAGAUGGACCCAGGUUUGGGUACUUAUACUUUUGCUGAUAAAAAUGACUGUCAAACUGUAAAUGCGUACAGAUGGUGCAUUUUUGUUUCUUCAAUAGUGUAGACAAGUAAAUGUCAUGUUAAAUAGCUCAUUGUUUUGAACAGAUAAAGGAUCAUCAAUACAGAAUUCUUUUAACUCUCUUC